AUGUCUUCUGAUUUUGGCAUACCAACUCCUCCUGCCACCGGCUUCGAAUCUUUUGAUGGAAAAGAUCAAUUCUUUUUUGAUAACCCUUCGGUAUCGGAAAAAGAUGUUGAAAAGGAUUCGAGUAAUGUUGAUCCAAUUGAUCAAUUUAUUUUAACCGCUCCUCCUUCGGUACACGAUAAUACUGAUGGAUCGGAUGAACCGUCUACUCCGACGAGUCCCGAUCCAGUUGCUCAAUCCGGUUCUCGUUACCUUAUACAUAAUUCUUUUCUUCCUACUUUUAUUCCUCAAGUGGCUGCCGCUCAUCAAAUCAAGAUUCCUGAUUCUUAUUCUUUAUCGUCUUGUGCCGCUUCCUCAGUUGAUUCUAUCGCUAGUACGACUUCUUCAACUACUUCUUCUAAACGAAAACGUAAAGGUAUACCUCUUAGAUCACCUAAUCGUGAUGACGUAGAAAGUGAUCCUGGUAUGGUUUUUUGCUUCCCAGUUUUAUUCCCACCCACAAUUACAAAUACAAAUACAAAAAAUAGCGAUAAAAAUUCCAUUCCAAAAAAUAUAAGUAAUACUGAAUCUUCCUCAUCACAACAAAAAAUUACAACUAAUACGGAUAAUAUGAAUAAUGGUGAUAUUAUUAAAUCAUUUUCUCAAGCCAGAAGAUCUAAAAUGAGAACUAGACCAGUUACAAGAGCAAAAAAUAAAAGAGAAAGUCAAGAAUUAGAAUUAUUAAAAUUAACCGGAUUAGAUCACAUUAUUGAUACACCAGAUAAUAAUGGAUCAAAUAAAAAUGAUGAAGAACCCGUGACUAAUUCAUCACGUCGUACCGCAGCAAUGAAUGGACAAAAAUUUUUAACAACAUAUCCAAAUUCACAAAUUUCUAGAACAAAUACAAAUUCGGCAAAUGGAGGUGAUAAACAAAAUAAUCGUUCAAAUAAUCAUAAUGGAAAUUUACAAUAUUAUCGAAAUUCUAAUCAACGAAGAACUUCGGUGUCAGUAUCAUCAUUAUCAUCAAUUCCCACCUCAGAAUUAAGUGAUUAUGAUCUUAACUCUGAUAAUUUUGGUGAUGAUGAAGAUGAUCCGGAUUUUGCUCCACCGACAAAGAAACGUAAAGGAGAUCAUUCACCUUCUAAAUAUUAUCCAAAUUCUUCGUCAACAUUACAUAUGACGCAUCGUAGAGAAUCUGGUAAUAAGACUAAAGUUUGUGCAAUGACGAAUACAUUGUGA